UCUCUCUGUUCUCUUCUGUUUCUCUCUCUAAAAUUCAUCGCUCUUCCCUUUUUCAACUUUCAAGUUCGUAAUCCGGCUAAAGAACUCGCUUCUGAUUAUCGCGCUGCUGAGAAAUUUCGAUUCGCGUUCGAUUUCGAGUUCUCCCGAGCAUUAUUAGGGUUUCUGAAUAUUUUUUUUUUUUUGAGGGGCCGAGGAUGUUGCUGGAGUUAGGGUUUUGGGUGGAUCUAGGGUUUGGCUGCGGUGCGCGGUUGGGGAAUUAAGGUGGGAUUGAUGGUAUUUGUUUGUUAUGAAGGUGGGAUCGAGGGCGAACAUGCAAGGCGCUGGCUAUGCAUGGGCUUCGAGGUGAGGAGAGAAAAAAUAGGACUCGGCACAUGUGGAAAUCCACCACGCGUGUUCACCCUUUUGUAAGCGCUGAUGUUUCUUCUUCUUCGUCGUCAUCGUCAGUUAAUUCCUUCUAUAAGGAUGGUCGCAAAAUUAGUGCUGGUGACUGUGCUCUAUUCAAACCACCUAAAGAUUGCCCACCUUUUAUCGGAAUAAUUCGUUGUGUGACAGUUGUUAAAGAGAAAAAAUUAAAGUUAGGUGUAAAUUGGCUUUAUCGACCCAUUGAAGUAAGACUUGGCAAAGGUGUGCCGUUGGAGACUGCUCCAAACGAAAUUUUCUACUCCUUUCAUAAGGAUGAGAUACCUGCUGCAUUGCUGCUUCAUCCUUGUAAAGUUUCAUUUCUUCCUAAAGGUGUUGAGCUUCCAUCAGGGAUUUCCUCAUUUGUAUGCAGGAGGGUUUAUGAUAUUGCGAACAAGUGUUUAUGUUGGCUAAGUGAUCAAGAUUAUAUUAAUGAUUGCCAAGAAGAAGUAGAUAAGCUAUUAUACAGGACUCGUGUAGAAAUGCAUGCAACAGUGCAGCCAGGCGGUCAAUCUCCUAAGCCAGCGAGUAGUCCAACAUCAACAUCACAGUUAAAAUCUGGUUCAGAUAGCAUGCUGAACAGUGUUUCUUCCUUUCCUUCUCAAGUUAAGGGUAGGAAAAGGGAGAGGGUAGAUCAUGGGCCAGAGUCUGUGAAGCGAGAACGUUCAACAAAACAUGAUGACAGAGAUUCUGGCCAGUUUGGGCAGGAUAGCAUUUUAAAGACAGAGAUUGCCAAAGUUACGGAAAAGGGACGGCUUGUUGAUACUGAAGGGGUUGAGAAGUUGGUGCAGCUGAUGGUUCCUGAUAGAAAUGAGAAAAAGAUUGAUUUAGCUAGCCGGUCAAUGCUUGCAGCUGUUAUUGUAGCAACAGAUAAAUUUGACUGCCUUAAUCGGUUUGUGCAGCUGAGGGGCUUACCUGUAUUUGAUGAAUGGCUCCAAGAGGCUCAUAAAGGGAAGAUUGGUGAUGGUAUUGGGUCUAGGGAUCGUGAUAAAUUUGUUGAUGAAUUUCUAUUGGUAUUACUCCGGGCACUCGAUAAGCUUCCAGUAAAUCUUCAGGCUCUACAAGCAUGUAACAUUGGUAAAUCUGUGAAUCAUUUACGAAGUCAUAAAAACUCUGAAAUUCAGAAGAAAGCAAGGGGUUUAGUUGACACAUGGAAGAAACGUGUUGAAGCUGAAAUGAUUAUAAAUGAUGCAAAGUCUGGUUCAGUUAAGACUGUCCCCUGGCCUGCCAGACAAUGCCUUCCUGAAGUUCCUCAUGGUGGGAAUAGACUUUCAGGUGGGUCAUCUGAUGUUGCCCUGAAGAGCUCAGUUACACAGAUUUCUGCAUCCAAAAAGGCCUCUCUGAAGAUUGUCCAGGGUGAGAAUACUACUAGAUCUUUGUCAACAUCUGCAUCUCCAAGGUCUGUGAAGUCAGUUCCCUCACCUGUUUCUGCAACUAUGAACUUAAAGGAAGUACAGUCAGUUCCCUCACCUGUUUCUGCAACUAUGAACUUAAAGGAAGUACAGUCCCGUGUUGCAGCUGUUAGUGGCUCCUCUGAUCUUCCUGUGACAAAUGCAAGGGAUGAGAAAAGCUGUAGUUCUAGUCAAUCGCAUAACAGUCAAUCUUAUUCCAGUGACCAUGCUAAAGCUGGGAGUCUUUCAGGUAAGGAGGAUGGCAGAAGCUCUACUGCAAUGAGUGUGAAUAAAGUAUCAGGUGGCUCUACACGCCACCGAAAACCUAUGAAUGGAUUUCCAGGGUUGGCUCCAUCUGGAGGGCAAAGGGAAACUGGGUCAAGCAGAAAUUCUUCCUUGAACAAAAAUUUAACUUCAGAGAAAAUAUCUCAAUCUGGAUUGAUGGAAAAGGCACUUGAUGGAACUUCUCUUGAGGGGCAUAAUCCCAAGCUGAUUGUAAAGAUCCCAAACCGAGGUCGAAGUCCAGCAAAAAGUGCCAGUGCAGGUUGUUUUGAUGACCUUUCAAUCAUGACCAGUCGAGCUUCAUCUCCUGUCCUUUCAGAGAAGCAUGAUAAGUUUGAUCGCUGUUCAAAGGAAAAGAGUGAUUUUUAUCGAGCUAAUAUUGGUGCAGAUAUAAAAACAGAAUCCUGGCAGAGUAACGAUUUCAAAGAUAUAUUGACUGGGUCUGAUGAGGGUGAUGCAUCAUCAGCGGCCAUUACUGAUGAAGAACACUGUAGGACUGUUGGUGUUUGUAAGAAAAUAUUAGAUGUAUCAAAGGUUGCUUCCUCCUCAUCUGGGAAUGAAAGUAAAGCCAGGAAUUUGCAGGAUGCUUCUUACAGCUCCAUAAAUGCUCUAAUUGAAGGUGUUAAAUACUCUGAAGCUGACGAUGUUGGAAUGAAUCUUCUUGCUAGUGUGGCUGCUGGAGAGAUUUCCAAAUCUGAAUUGGGAAUGCCAGCUGAAUCCCCUGAAAAAAACAUCACUACAGUUGAACAGUCAUGCACAGCUGAUGCCAUGGUCAAGUCUUCUGAAGAAUGUCUUGUUAAGGAUGAGUGUUACUCAAAUGAUGGUGAGCAUAAGAAGCAAAGUUCCUUAUCUGGUGAUUUAGGGACCAAAGAUGAUAAUGAUUUUGGUUUUCUGGCAUCUGGAGGGAAAGCUGCAGGAGAACAUAAUAUAGAUAUUAAUUCAUCUAGUAUGGAUUUGCAGGUUACUGAAACUUGCUCUGAAAGUAAAGGAAAAUUAACUGAGAAACCAGCUGAUACUUCUUUUUCUGGCUUUCCCAAAAGCACCAUUCAGGAAGCUAGAGAUAGUGACUCUAGCAUGUUGCUCAAGGAAAAGAAGGUUCUUUUGGGAGUGAAUGCAGUUGGAAAUCUUGAUGUUAAGGUCAGUGAUGUUGCAGGAGAAAUUAAGGCAGAAGCAAUUGAAAAAUCAUCACAGACCCCUGAAGAAGUUGAUGUCAAGUGUGAUAACUGUAUUACUGAGGGAUUAAGCAGUGUAGAGACAACUCAGAAGCCUCCUGCCAUUCUUACACAGUUUGACUCAGUAAAAGAAACAGAUGUAAAUUUACUCCAUGCAUCUAGUUAUAGAGUUGAUAAGGUUCCUGAAGACCUAAAUGAAAGGGGAUCUGAAAAAAAUGAUAUGGCUGCUCAGGAUCAGGCUAGUCCGUCUAAAAAGCAAAGAAAUGAGUCAGAAAGUGAUGCUGUUAAAGUGCCUGAGAAUAGAGGUUUAUGUUCAGGUGUGACUGGUCUAGCUGCUGAGUACGUGGAAGUGAAUUCAGGAAUGAAAGAGGUUUUUGAUCAAGAUGCUGGACAAACUCCGUACACAGCUUCACCUGGCUUUCCUUCACUAGAAAUGGAUCAGUGUUUGGGUCCUAAAGGUUCAAAAUUGGUUGCCGUUGAAGCAGAGGAAUGCACCUCUACCACUAGAGAUGCUUCUUCUAUGUCUGCUGCUGAUGUCUCAGAUGUGGAUGCAAAAGUUGAAUUUGAUUUAAAUGAAGGGUUCAAUACAGAUGAAGGGAAAUGUGGUGACUUCAACAGCAUUGACAUGCCUGGAUGUGCACCUGCUGUAAGGUUGGUCAGUCCUGUUCCAUUUUCUGCUUCAUCUAUGUCUGUUGGUAUUCUCUCAAUCACAGUGGCUGCUGCUGCAAAGGGUCCCUUUGGGCCACAUGAAGAUUUAUUGAAAAGUAAAGGGGAGCUUGGUUGGAAGGGAUCAGCCGCCACUAGCGCAUUCCGGCCAGCUGAGCCCAGGAAAGUUAUGGAAAAGCCUCUUGGUAUACCUACCACCCCUAUCCCUAAUGCUGCAGGUAGAAGGCAGAGUUGGGCACAGUUGGAUAUUGACUUGAAUAUGCCUGAUGAAAGAACACUUGAUCAUGUUUCUUCUCAAAACUAUGAUUGUCAGACAGAUUGUGGAACUCGUGCAGCCAAUGGUCAUGAUCCCAAUAAAUCAACGGCCUCACCUGUUCCUUGCUUUGGAGGACUUGGUCUUGACUUGAACCUAGUGGAUGAGGCUUCUGAUGCGGGCAAUUGCACCAUGAGCAGGAGUCAUAAAAUGGAUAUGCCACUCCUGCAGGUGAAGUCAUCAGCCAGUGGUCCUCCAAAUAGAGAGAUGAGUGUCUGCAGGGAUUUUGAUCUGAACAAUGGACCCGCUGUUGAUGAAGUCACCACCGAACCAUCGAUGUCUGCUCAGCUUGCCAGGAGCAGUGUGCCAUGUCAACCACCUGUUUCUGGACUUAGGAUGAGUAAUCCAGAACUAGGGAACUUCUCAUCAUGGUUUCCUUCCACUGGGAACACGUAUUCAGCUGUAACGAUAUCUUCAAUUAUGCCUGAUAGAGGGGAUAAGUCCUUUUCAAUUGGUGCCCCUAAUGGACCGCAAAGGAUGUUGGGUCCUGCAGCCGGUGGCAACGUAUUUGGAACUGAUGUUUACAGGGGGGCAGUUUUAUCAUCUCCUGCAGUGCCAUAUCCAUCUGCACCAUUCCAAUAUCCCGUCUUCCCUUUUAAUUCUAGCUUUCCUCUUCCAGCAGCAUCAUUUUCUGGUGCAUCAACUACUUACGUAGAUUCAACUUCAGGAGGGAGGUUUUGCUUCCCUGCAGUAAAUUCACAGCUAAUAGGGCCUGCCAGUACCAUUUCAUCCCAUUACCCCAGUAGUAGUAGUGCUGAGAACAGUAGGAAAUGGGCAAGGCAGGAUAUAGAUCUUAAUGCUGGACCUGGCAGUUCAGAAUUUGAGGGGAGAGAUGAUAGUUCACCUCUUGUACCACGGCAGCUUUCUGUUGCCAGUUCUCAGGGCCCUGCUGAAGAGCAAGCAAGGAUGUUCCAGUUGGGUGGUGGUGUUCUUAAGAGGAAGGAACCUGAUGGGGGGUGGGAUCGCUACAAGCAAUCAUCAUGGCAAUACCAAAAUUUGUAAUCUUAGAAUCUGAGAUCACCCACCCACAAAUGCUUGUAAGUUUUUAGUUUUGUAUAUUCAACUGUUGUAACAUGUAGGCGUUUGACAGGAGGAUGUUUGAAAAUAUAUCCUGUGUUGUGCUGAUUUAAUUCAGCGUAAAAGUGGGGGAUAUUUUCCCGUAAAGCAAAAAUAAAAAAUAUAUUUUUAAUGA